CGAAAUCCGAAAAAUCGAGCGUACAGCGGAAGUGCAGUCUGACAAAAUGAGCUAGCAAGAUGUCUCAAGUUAGUUAGCUAAGCGUUAGCCACAUACAUCGUCUAACAACAAAACAGAACAGCAAGGAAGAAUAUAUUUUUCCUGGUGUGCACCGAGCGAGUUCAGGAUUUCCUCCAAGACUAACCCACCAGCUUAUCAAGAGAACAGGAGUGCUGUCUCGGAGUCAGUCAGGAUGGAUCCAGCUCUACUGAGGGAGAGGGAGCUUUUUAAGAAGAGAGCUUUGUCUACCCCAGCUGUAGAGAAGAGACCAGCUGCCUCAGACUCUGGUUCACACAAGAAGAAGAAGGCCAAAGUCGACAAGGAGGGAUCUUCAGGAUCCAAACACACUACUGAGUCGAGUAAUGGCACCUUUAAUCUCAAGGCUAGUUCUGGCUACAAGUUUGGCUGCCUGGCCAAGAUAGUAAAUUACAUGAAGACAAGGCACCAGAGGGGAGACACACACUUCCUAACCCUAGAUGAGAUUCUGGAUGAGACCAAACUCCUGGAUAUUGGCAUGAAGCAGAAACAGUGGCUUAUGACUGAGGCCCUGGCCAACAACCCAAAGAUAGAGGUGCGGGAUGGGAAGUAUGCCUUUAAGCCCAAGUACCACCUGAAGGACAAGAAGGCUCUGCUGAGGUUGUUGGACAAACAUGACCAGCUUGGUUUGGGAGGGGUGCUGCUGGACGACGUAGAAGAGGGGCUGCCCAACUCAGCCAAGGCCAUUAAGGCUUUAGGGGAUCAAAUAAUCUUUGUGACCAGACCAGACAAGAAGAAGGUCUUGUUCUACAAUGAUAAACACUCCCAGUUUGUGGUGGAUGAAGAGUUCCAGAAGCUGUGGAGGAGUGUUCCAGUGGAUUCCAUGGAUGAAGAGAAGAUUGAGGAGUACCUGAAGAAACAAGGCAUCUCCUCCAUGCAAGAAACAGGACCAAAGAAAGUGUUACCAGUUCAAAAGAGAAAGAAGCCUGGUGGACAGAAGAAGAGACGCUUCAAGACCCACAACGACCAUUUGGCAGGAGUGCUGGAGGACUAUUCAGAUGGUGUGCCUGCAAAGAAGUGAAAUUCCUUUCCUUACUGCUCCCUACCCUGAGAGGAGUGAUGCUGAAACUGUAGUCCAGAGGUCACUGGACAUGGAGAACCUCACUUUGGAUGUACAAUACAAUGGCAUUUUAUGGCUGUCUCAGUAGUGUCAAUCAGCUGUCUUAUUUUCCUUUCCUGCCACUCCUCUCAGUGAUCAUUGAUCUUGUAGUGCAUGGAUUGCAUAAAAAUGGUCCAAUGCAGUCCUGUCAAGGUGGUUUAGUGAUCGAUGGUAACAAAGAUACUAGAGGAACGGGAACCAGUUAAUUAUGGAGAACACUGGAUGUUCAUGCCCAAACUACUAUCAUAUAAAAGGGCCAUUCAUUGUACACCUAGCAAAUUGCAAACGUAAGUGAAAUGUGUAAAUAUUUUUUUUUCCUUUAAGGUUUACUGAGUCUAACGUGGACAUUAUGUGUGAAAUAAGAGUGAAAGAUUUGUAUGGAAAGUUUCAUUUAAAAGGACAGCAGACUUCAUCUACUGGCAACUUUCUGUACUCUUCCAUGAUUGCUGCAUAAGAUAAACGCUUUUGUUACAUAUUGCAUCAUUCAACAGAAAUGCAGUAUAUCCAGCAUGGUACAUGUACAAUACUGUGCAUAGAAUUUCAAAAUUACUUUCAUACUUUUACUGCGACACCAUGUCACAGCUGUUCUUUAUACUGUAAUUAUGUCUACUCAUUCUGGUCAAAUUACACUAUUGAACAGGAUACCAUGGCAGUGUGUGAAACUAUGUUUACCUUGGAGAAACAUCAAGUAUAUUGGAUCAGCCAGUGUGACACCCUGCAUUUACCCAUUUCAUAUUUUCACCAUCAAAGCAGUUUCAUAUUGUUGUUUUUUUUUUGUUUUGUUUUUUAAGAAAUAGGGGCCUUGUCCAAAAUGUCACAAUAAAAUGCACCAUGUAUUAAGUUCCAAAUGAGAAGGGAACAAAAAUACAUGUUUAGUGUCACUUUUCCCAUUUCAACAUAAAGUUGAACAUUGGAAAA